GUUUCCAUUUGUGGCAGUUUCAAUUGGCUUUGUUGUAAACAAAAAGAUAGAGUUUGGAAUUGUGUAUAGUUGUAUAGAAGACAAGAUGUAUACUGCUAGAAAAGGAAAAGGUGCAUUUUGCAAUGGUCAAAAACUUAAAGUAUCAGGCCAAGAAGACAUUACAAAAUCCCUUUUAGUAACGGAAUUGGGAUCAAAUCGUGAUCCAGAGACUAUAAAAAUAAUUCUUUCUAACAUGGAAAGACUUCUCAGUAUUCCUAUUCAUGGGAUUAGAGCCGUUGGUACAGCAGCUGUGAACAUGUGCCUUGUGGCAACAGGUGGAGCUGAUGCCUAUUAUGAAAUGGGGAUUCACUGCUGGGAUAUGGCAGGGGCUGGAAUCAUUAUUACUGAAGCAGGUGGAGUACUGCUAGAUGUAUCAGGUGGACCAUUUGAUUUGAUGUCUCGAAGAAUAAUUGCAGCAAGUAGUCGAGCUGUAGGAGAGAGAAUAGCCAAAGCACUUAAAAUAAUUCCUCUGAAGAGGGAUGAUGCAACUGACUGA